UCAGCCUACUUUAGUUCCCACACAGGGACGAGGCAUCCAGACCCAGUGGGAGACAGGCAGAAGUUUGGAGGGAAAUAACUGCAGUGACUCGAAGUCUGGAGGCAGAACCACUGGGGUCCAUUUACCUGCUCAAGAGCCUGUACCCUGAAGGUUGAGCUCAAGGACGCUCCCAGGCAAAUCCCUGCAGUUUUCCCUUCGCUCUACCUGCUGACCUCUGCUUUCCCCUGAUUACUCCUGAAAAAUGCAGCGAUCCACGCAAGAACUCUUCCUCAAUUUCAUGAUUGUCCUGAUCACUGUACUGCUUAUGUGGCUCCUUGUGAAGUCUUACCAGCAGUAAAAGACAACCAGAAGCUCUGGGAGGUGAUUCCAGCAUGCGUCUCUGCAGACAUCAGUAACACCCGCAGCGCACCGCUGUGAUCAGCUUUCAGUCAAUUCAGGAUGUUGUGAAUCUUUUUUACUCUCUCAUAUCUGUUGCCUGUGCUAAUGUUUGUGACAGGUCUGUGACGGUGUAAUUAUUUUGUUCUGAAGUGAUGCAGCUGUAAAAUGUAAAAUGCAAGAUCCUUAGGAACUGUUUGACAUGGCUGUCUCCUCCGGUAGCUACUGUGAAUGCCGUGGCCCCCUGCCUGCCGUGCCGGCUUGUUUGGCGUCGGGGUUGGGUUCUCGAGGGUAUGAAACUGCAGUGUGCAAUGUAACCGUCUGCCUUAACCAGCCUAAAGACGCACAAACUUGCUUAGCCGAAAGGAAUGUGAAACCUCUACUUCUGCUUGCUCAUUUCACUGAAAUAAAGAACAUGUAAAAUCAUUUUUUGUAGCAU